AUGAAGUUAAAUUGUGCAGAGAAAAAAACCCUUUUAGAAAAUCUCACAAAUAGGAUGAUCAGAAUAGAACAAGCUAUAGGUAGCAUAAAAUUUUACGAAAAAGCAAGCGACGCAAAAAGGCUUCCUAAAGAUGGCUCAUCAUCUGCUAGUGGCGUAAAAACAGUCGAAGGGAGAGAGGAGGACUAUCUUAAUAAACCUAUUGUUAGUUUUGAUGGCCCUCAUGAUAACGACGGUGAUGAGCACCAUGAUGACGACCGCCAUGACCACCACGGUCACGAUGAGGGACAGAGAGCUGAGCCAAGCAGAGAAGACGAAGAGGACUACAAUGAAAUAAAGUCCCGUUUGGAAAACGUACCGACGGACCUCCUGGGCACGCACAAAGACGAGAUGAUAGAACUCAUUAAGAAGCACGGGCACAAGAACAGCGUAGCCGUCCACAUUUGCACCAUCAAGUUGAUUCUGCAGCAGAUCGCGAAGGAGUUCCUCCAAGACAUCUAUGCCCAAUACAACGACUUCUACAUCUACAUCCACAGCAACAGCAUCCUCGAUGUUUACAAUACCUUUGAGUACAAGCGGAACAUCAUUUUGUCUCACUUGGAUUUCAUGAAAACUUACAGCCAGCAAGUUCAGAAAAUUCUGCAGCUAAAGGAAAAUAUAAACAGCUACAAAAUGUCGGAAGCGGAGCUACACCUGGAGAGGUUGCAAAAAAUUGAACAGAAAAACGAAGCCCUGUUUUCGCGAAUUUCCGCAGUGAAUGUCGCCCUGGAGGACGUGGCGUGUAAGUACGCCCUGAUGAUGCAGGCGGCGUCCCUAAUCGUCUCCAGACAAAAGCCAAAUGUAUCUUAA